UAAAAGCGCGCGCGUCCAAGGAGCCAAACUCAUUCUUCUCAGGAAGAGACCGAGUGCAUUUGGAACUCUCCAGGCUGCGGACACUUCUGCAAGUGGACACGUUGUGAGGACCUGAUCCUUGAAUUGAAUUCAUAGUUGUAUUUCAACAGCAAGAAUUGGUGAAACCUUUGAAAGAUUCCUUGGUAAAAUGGAUUCAGACAUCUCUCAAGACUUCCAGAGAGAGCUCACCUGCUCCAUCUGCCUGACGUACCUUACAGACCCAGUCACCAUAGGCUGUGGGCACAGCUUUUGCAGGCCCUGUCUCUAUCUUUGCUGGGAAGCAGCCCAAACUCCUGCCAAAUGCCCCACAUGCAGGGAAACCUCACAGUGCACAGACUUCAAAACCAAUAUUCUUGUGAAGAAUCUGGUGUCCCGUAUUAGACAAGCGAAUCUCUGCCGAUUUCUGAGCUCUGAAGAGCAUAUGUGUGGGACACACAAAGAAGCUAGGAAGAUCUUCUGUGAAGAGGACAAGAACCUGCUGUGUUUGCUCUGCUCAAAGACUCAGGAGCACGAAGCUCACAAACACUCUCCCAUAGAAUGGGCAGCUGAGGAUUAUCGGGAGAAGCUCUUAAAGAAGAUGGGAUCUCUAUGGGAAAAGAUCCAAGAAAAUCAGAGGAAUCUAAAUGAAGAAAACAGAAUAACCGCUGAAUGGAUGGUUUACGCAUACUUACAGAGAUGUUUUAUCAGAGCCGAGUAUCAGGAUUUGCAUCCAGUUCUCCUCAGGGAAGAAAAACAACAUUUGAAGAAACAGAAAAAUGAAUGCAUGAAGAUUUUAUGGCAACUCAAGAACAGUAAAGUCGAAAUGAUUCUAAAGGGAAAACACCUAAGAGAUAUGUAUGAGGACCUGAUGAAAAUGUGUCAGAAACCAGAUGUGGAGAUGCUCCAGGAUUUGGGAGAUAUCCUGACAAGGAGUGAGUUGGUGCAGUUGCACAUGCCCCAGCCUCUGAACCCAGAGCUCAGUGCAGGGCCCAUCACUGGACUGAUACACAGGUUCAACCGCUACCGAGUGGAAAUUUCCUUCAGUGAUGAAGUUACCAAUCACAAUAUCAAGCUGUUUGAUGAUGUGAAACAUUGGAGAGUUAGACAUGGCCAUCAAGAUGCAUCUUUUAGAUCUGAAAGAUCUAACUAUUUUGCUGCAUGGGGGACCAAGGCCUUCACCUCUGGGAAAUAUUACUGGGAGCUGGACGUGGAUGACUCUUGGGACUGGGCUCUAGGAGUCUGCAGGGAUUCCUGGAUAAUGAAGAAUGGCACACUGGUUAACUCUGAUGAGAUAUUCCUUCUUUUAUGUGUGAAGGAGUAUGAUCGAUACAGGCUCUUCACCACCACCCCAAUGCGGCGUCAGUAUAUCCAGAAACCUCAUGGCCGGGUUGGUGUGUUUGUUGAUUAUGAGAGUGGAAGUGUGAGUUUUUUUAAUGUCACCAAAAACUCCCUCAUAUGGCGCUACCCCCCUGAUUCCUUCAAUUUCCCUCUCAGGCCUUUCAUUUUCACUGGCCACACAUGAUCAGUGCUAAGUUAGGAAACUGUGUGCCUGGGGACUCCAUAUCUGAGGGUGCCCCUCUCAACUGAUGCAAAUCCAUAACAUGUAUUAUUGUCUUUUAAG